GCGCAGCAACGCCAAUAAAACAUCUGUCCUUGCGGAGUCUGCUGCCAGAUACAGAGCAUUUUAUGACUUACGAGGGAUCCACGACCCAUCCUGGAUGCUGGGAGACGACCGUCUGGAUCAUCCUCAACAAGCCCAUUUACAUCACCAAACACGAGCUGUACGCUUUGCGCAAAUUGAUGCAAGGAACGGAGGACGCCCCGAAGGCCCCGCUGGGCAACAACGCGCGGCCCAUACAGCCGUUGCAUCACCGCACGAUCCGCACAAACAUCAAUUUCCAAAACCAACCAACCAAGAAUAGCAACUGUCCAAGUAUGUACAAGGAGAUGUAUUACAAAGCUAAUAAAUGGAGUCCCGAUGUCAAGGACCAUCCGUUCCUCGCCCUGCAGCAUUCGCUCCAUUGAAGCAGGAACCAUCCGCACUUCAGCAGGACGAGGAGGAGUAGAAGUAGAAGAAGGAGAGGAGACAAAGCUCGCCACUCAUAACUUAAUAGUCAAUAAAGAAGUUUCGUCGCGCGAACCCGGAGCAUCCCCCACCC